GAGUUAUCGGAUGCCGUGCUGGAAGAGCUGGGGCGAUUGAUCGCUGACGUGCACAGCUGGCCGACCACUUGGUAUGAUCCUUUUCGAGCACGGCUAAAAAAGCGUUGGCGCUUCCUGGAAUCGGUUCCCGAUGCCUCCCACGUGUGGCCUUCCACAUGCCGCGAGGAGAACUUGGCAGAGCUGUCAGAGGAGGCCUUGGCAGCCUGGCUGCGACCGCAGGCCUUCACACCCGCCACGAAGAUUGGCGCGCGGGCGGUGACCGUGCACGCGGACAUCCACAUGUUCAACCUGCUGCAAACCGAUGACGGGCUGCGCAUCAUCGACUUUGAAUGGACUGUGGUCGCCCACGCAGCGCAAGACCUGGCCACUGUAGUCCGAGUUUGCUGCCCGAAAGACUUGGGCCAGAAGAGGCUCUUCGUCAAGGCCUACCUCGCUGCGUGUGCCGCCUCCACUGACAGUGAAGACGCGCUGACAGUGCCGAAUGAACAGAUCAGGGAGUUCUUGCAGAACGCUGGCUUGAAAGGAGGAGCUGAACCUAGGGGUCCAUUGAACGGCGUGUACAUGUUCGAGCAGAUGGGUCCGAUGGCUUGGAUUGAUUUCUCCUACGCAACCUGGGAGCCUUCGGUCGGAGCAGCUGACAUCAGCAUGGGAACAGUCACAGCUCAGUCUGGAGUUCCAAGCCUUGAGUUUGGCGGAAUUGGUCCCUACUUUCCUGGCGGUUACAUGGUGCCGGUCAUCGAAUGGGGCCAGUACAACGUUCGUUUCUACUGCCCAGCCGAGAUGGGCGAUGGAGACUAUUGCAAAGUUGUGGAGUCCCUUUUUCAGAAACCUUUUCCGAAAAAAGACGAGAUCGGGUCAAUGCUUUGGCACAUGACGCGCUUUGACGGAGGACGGAAGUAUGUAAGAGACACAUGGCUCGUGCCCCCAUGGGUCACUCCGGAUGAGACAUACCCAGAGACGCAUGAGAAGUUCCACAGCUACAACAUAUUGGUGCUCAUGCACGGCAAUGGGACCAUCGAUGAAGAACACUUCAGCCGCUUCAUGAUGAAGUUGGACGGGCAAGACCUUAUUGUGCCGAAGGCUCUUGAAAGGACCCGCCGGCCUCGGCAGAAGGUGGAUCAGCUCCUCUUCGAUGCCGAGGUCUGCUUCCUGACGAGCCACAUGGGCCCGCUGUUUCCGGGAGAUGACGAUGACGAGCAUCGUUGGCUGAGCAACCUAGAAGACUUCAACAGCUUCAUCAGCUUCGCUCGCGCAUCGCCGACCCUGCGAGCCAAAGUCCUGGAAGAUGGCAUCGUAAGGUACGUCAAGGACAUCCGCGCGGUGGUCAAGGCAGGCAGUCCAGUGGUGCUUUGCACCUGUCAAAACCUUGUCAAUGACUAUUUCUUCCUUCAUGAUGAUGGCACCCUCUCGCCGGAUGCUCGCCGCGAUCUGGCUUUGGGAACGGAUGCGGAUGGCUGGGUUGUUCUCGCACACCGCUCUGGCGGCGAUGUGCUUCGAUUCCAGGUCGUGGAUGCGAAGGGCACCACCCCCCAGGCUCUUACCCUCCAGAGCGAAGUUGGACGCGGCGUAGUCAUUGCUGAAGAGACCAUGGUCGGCCCUUCGCAGGUGCGGAAGCUGCGCCUCGGAAAAGCUUCGGAUGCUGUCAUCGCAUCUCGCUCCAGAUCGGCUUGGCUGAGACAUACACAUCGCAGUGUGGUAGUUCCUUUCGGUUCUGGUUGA